GUUGGGUCUGAUCAGACCCACAUCACCUCUGACGAGGUUUUUUGAACGGAAAAGUAGAAACACUUUCACCGGGAUGCUGAGGGAAACGAUUCUCGUUUUCGCGGCGCUCAUUCUGUUUGCCAAUGCCACGAUAGUCAAUCACUGCGACUCUGACGUCCCAUUCGAAGAUGCCAAUCAGAUCAGUAUAUCCGGCUGCGACAAGCCUGAGUGUUCGUUAAAACAGGGAACGACUAUCACCAUAGAAAUGAAACUUGUGCCUAACAGAGAUAUUCAGAGUGUGACUAAUAAUGUGAACGGGAUUCUUGCUAGUGUGCCUCUACCAUUUGUAGGCGUUGAUGGAACAAAUGCUUGUGAUAAUAUUUACGACGCUGAUGGUAAAGCUGUCGGUUGUCCCUUGAAGAAAGGCGAACAGUAUAUGUAUAAAAACAGUUUCCCUAUUCUAUCAAUAUAUCCCAGGAUUCCAGUAACCGUACGUUACGCAUUGCGAGAAGGAACUGACAGAAUUAUAUGCUUCGAAGUACCAUCGAGAAUUACAAAAUAAAAUGCUUCGUUUUGUUGAUUUCGGCAUAUUAGAAUUAAAAGUCGUAGUGCACGUAGUCAAUGUAACUCCGAGCUUAUGUAAUUUAAUCGGCUGACAUUAUGUAGAACUGUAUGG